AAAAAGACUGCAGACAUGAACUGCUGCUUCCUGUUUUCUCAUUAAAAUGCAGACAGGAAACAAAGACUUUUGCAUCAGACACUGAGAGAAUCAGAUGGCAGUUCACAUCAACGUUUGUGUGUGCGACUGUUGCUCUAAAUGUCAGGAAGUUGGUGACUGAAACCGGGUCCAUCCACUGACUAUGUAAGGGUGUUGAAAAACCCAAAUGGAGUGUGUUGCUGAACAGAUACCUGAGGUGUUUCAAGAGCCCGUUUCCUCAAGUCAAGCAGCAGUUCAUCAUUUCCAGCCCAUCUUUACUGCUUAUGGAGGCAGCAGUAUACUUGCCCCGUCCAUUAUCAAUUCCACAGUCGGCACCUUCACCAUCAACUUUCAACAAGACCAAGGUUUUGCUGAUGAACUGAAUGAAGAAUCCAGUCAAGACAACACAGCCAAUUGUAAUACAGAGGUGACCGAUAACAAGUUUGCAGAACACCAACAGAAACUGAAAGUGGUCUUGAAGAAGAAGUUCAGUUAUUUGCACGAAGGCCCGACGAGCAGUGCAAGCAAAACCCUUCUCAACCAAAUUUACACAGAGCUCUACAUCACUGAGGGAGGAAGCUGUGAGGUCAAUAAAGAGCAUGAAGUUCGCCAGAUCGAGACGGUAUCCAAAGUGAGAGCCACUCAGGACAAAGUCGUCCACUGCAAUAGCCUGUUCGAGCCCCAACCAGGAAGAGACUGCCCCAUAAGAACUGUGGUGACGAGGGGGGUGGCUGGCAUUGGAAAAACCGUAUCCAUCCAUAAAUUUACUGUAGACUGGGCAGAAGGGAAGGCCAAUGCCAACAUAGAUUUUGUAUUUCCGCUUUCUUUCCGGGAGCUGAAUUUUCAGAAAAAGAAAACGCUGAGUCUGGAGGAUCUUCUGAAAGCGUUUUACCCGGAUAUUAAAGAAGGACAAAUCUUUGCAAACAAUGAAAUCAAAAAGCUUUUCAUCCUGGACGGUCUGGAUGAGAGCCGGCUCUCUUUGGAUUUCCGCAACAGUGAAAUCAUUACAGAGAUCACGCAGCCAGCAACAGUUGCUGUCAUUCUGACCAACCUCAUCAGGGGAAAGCUUCUGUCUUCGUCUCUGGUUUGGAUCACGUCCCGUCCCGUAGCUUCCAGCCAAAUCCCCGUGGAAUGCAUCGACCUCCUGACCGAGGUGCGAGGGUUCAACAACCUACAGAAAGAGGAAUACUUCAGGAAAAAAAUUGAAGACAGGGAGUUGGCACAGAAGGUGAUCAGCCACGUGAAAUCCUGCAGAAGUCUGCACAUCAUGUGCCACAUUCCGGUCUUCUGUUGGAUAGCAGCAAGCGUGCUGGAGAAAAAGUUGCCAAAAAAAGACAGCAAUGACACGCCAAAGACUCUCACACAGAUGUACAUCUAUUUCUUGUCGUUGUUUGUGGAGAACAUGAAGAAGAGGCUGCCAGAAAGAAGACAGUCAAGUGCUGAAUGUGUCAAAGCUAACCUGCUGGCUUUAGGUAAGCUGGCUUUCAAAGAGCUGGAGAAAGGUCACCUGAUCUUCUAUGAGAGUGACCUCAAACUGAACGGCAUCGACGUCGCCCAGGCGUCCAUGUUCUCUGGAGUCUACACACAAAUCUUCAACGAGGAGUUGACUCUCUGUCAGGAGAAGAUGUUCUGCUUUGUGCAUCUGAGCAUCCAAGAGUUCUUUGCAGCGUUGUAUGUUUUCCUCACCUUCCACAACGACAACAACAACGUUCUGGUUAAAAAGUCCUCCUCCUCCAGAUGGUUUCCAUUCAGAGAAUCGUCAGAGCUCAACCUGUACAAAGCAGCCAUAGAAAAGGCAUUGCAGAGUGAGAGUGGGCAUUUCGACAUUUUCCUGCGCUUCCUUUUGGGCCUGUCGAUGGAGUCCAACCAGGUGCUGCUAAAACAUCUAAUGACCACCGACAGAACUCACCAAAGGACAAGAGCUGAGGUCCAAAAACACAUCAAGGAGAAGAUCAAACUGAGCCAAUCCCCUGACAGGUGCCUCAACCUUUUUCACUGUCUGAACGAGCUGAACGACCACUCUCUUGUCCAGGAGAUCCAGAGCCACUUUGUUUCAGGACGUCUGAAGUCCGCUGACCUUUCACCUGCUCAGUGGGCCACUCUGGUUUUUGUUCUGCUGACCUCAGAGGAGGAGCUGCAGGAGUUUGACCUGAGCAGAUUCAGCAGGUCGGAGGAGGCUCUCCUUAGGCUGCUGCCAGUCAUGAGAACAGCCCAGGUGGCAAAGCUGAAUGCAUGUCAUCUCACUAUGACCUGCUGUGAAAAACUUCCAAAUGGCAUCAGGUCCUCCCAGCUGAGAGAACUGGACCUGAGCAACAAUAACCUCACAGAUGAAGGGUUUAUGCAUCUCUUUGUGUCUCUGAGGGACAGCAAACUGCAGACACUCAGAUUGAGAAGUUGUGACCUUACAGAAGAGAGCAGUGACAGGCUGGCAGCAAUCAUUAGUUUUGCCUCCUGCGAGCUGACAGUCCUGGACCUCGCUGACAAUGACUUUAAAGACACGGGAGUCAAAAAGUUGUCCGGCGGAUUAGGGAGCCCUCAUUGUAAACUCCAGAAGCUUGAUCUGUCCUUCUGCAGGGUGACAGAGCUGGGCUGCACUUUCUUGGCAUCGGCGCUAAAUUCAUCUGGGCUAAAAGAGCUGGACUUGAGCUACAACCACCCUGGAGAAUCAGGCCUGAUGCUGCUGCAGAUGCUAAAAGAAGACCCACAAUGCAGUCUGCAGAAACUCGGUGUGGAUCAGUGCCGAGUAUUCCGGAUCCAGCCUAGUCCAAAGAAAUACUUCAUGGAUGAACUCACUCUGGAUCCCAACACAGCACACAAAGACCUCUCACUGUCUGACGGAAAUAGGAAAGCAAGACGCUGGACAAAGCUGCCGUACCCGGAUCACUCGGAGAGGUUUGAUUUCCAGAGACAGGUGCUGUGCAGGGAGGCCCUGACAGGACGCUGCUACUGGGAGGUUGGAUGGAGUGGUCCGGUCAGAAUAGGAGUGGCGUACAAACAAAUGGGCAGGAAGGGGGAGGGUCAGGACUGCUCGUUGGGCUACAAUGACUCCUCGUGGGCUCUGAGCUGUAACAAAGACAAGUGCUGGGCUCUGCACUGUGGAGUGAAGGUCGAUGUGACAGUCGCACCCAACAGCACAGUUGGGGUUUUCCUGGACUGGUCUGCCGGGAAGCUCUCCUUCUACAGCGUCUCCUGUGGCUCUCUGACCCUUCUUCACACCUUCAGCACCAUCUUCACAGAACCCGUGUGUCCCGCGUUUCAUCUAGGCUGGGCGGACUCUACAGUGCAGCUGUGCUGAUGGAUGUCCUGAGACUCUUGUUUGAACAAAAAGCUGGAAUUUAGACUGAUAGAUUUGACUUCCCAACCAAACAGACGCAUCUAUACUAUAUAUUCUAUAGUAAACGUUGAUUUAUUGCCUUAAUGCAUUCAUCAGUUUGAAAUGUCUGGAUCCUUACCUCAUAAUGUCAAAUAUGGGGUUCCUCAGGGCUCAGUGCUCGGCCCAACCCUCUAUACUGUGAAUCAAAAACUAAAUCUUAAGAAAGUAAAAGACUCUAGUUUAAAGAUAGAUUAUCUUGUUUUCUGUCUUGCAAGAAAAAUAAUCUUAUCAAUAAAGUUUUCCAAUGGCAGAAUAAUA